AUGUUAAUGGCCUGCAGCUUUCUUUCAAUUUCAGUGGAAAUGUUUUUUCGUUGCAUUUAUUUGAGACGAUUGGCGGUGCGACAUGACUGGAGCAUCAUUUGGUGGAUGUCAGGCCUUUUCGUGAUCGUGGCUUUGUAUUGUGGCUCUUUGCACUGGUUCCUGUCAUGGCCGCUGGAACUGAUCAUCCCGAUGGCAAGCCUUAAUUUGGACUUGCUUCUGGUUUAUCUGGCAGGCGCCACGAACUAUGUUGAUCGCAAUGCGAGGUGGAGAACUUGCGCCUGCGGACAUUCGGAAAAAGGAUGGCUCUUGGCCCUUGCUUUGAACUUUGUUCACCAUCAGCGUGUUCAAUUUGGCAAGCUCAACCAGCCAAUUCCCUCGUCUGGGAAACAAAAAUGGUCUGCGAUUUUCUGCAUCGCAACUAUCCUGCAGGAAGCGCCAGGGCACUGG